AUGUCAUCAACUUCAUCAUCAGAUGAUGAUAAUGAUGAAAAUCGUUUUCAUUCAAAUGAUACACAAUUAAUAACUGCACAAAAAAGUUUAAUUUAUAAACAUCCAUUAUUUCCUGUACUUACUUAUGUACUUGAACGAUGUGAACAAGCAACAUUAAAUCCAUCAUUAUUAUUAACGAAUGAUGAAUCUUUUACAUCAUCAUCAUUUGAACAUAAUUUAAAAAUCUUCUUAUCAAAAAAUCCAGAAAUAUUAACAACACCUAAACAUGAUAAUGAUGGUACAUCAACAUCAUCAGCAGCCAUAAUUGAUAAUUUUUAUAUUGAUGCAAUGCAAGUACUUCGUAUACAUUUACUUGAACUUGAUAAAGUUAAUGAUUUAUGUCGAGAUUUUUGUCAACGUUAUAUCGCUUGUUUAAAAGUUAAAUUAAAUGCAAAUAAUAUAUUUACUGAUGAUGAAGACGAUGAUGAUGACGAUGAUGUUAAUGAUGAAGAUGAAGAUUUCGAAUUAAACAUUAAUGAUGAUUUUGAAUCGAGUGAAGAAAAUGAUGAUGAUGAUGAUGAUUUUAUGACAAACGAAAAGAAUAUUACUAAAGAUCAACAUUAUGGAAAACAAUCUGUAUCGAAUAAUGGCUUCAAUUCAAUUUGUCAUCCAUAUACAACACAAUUCAAUGGUCAAACACCACUUUCGAAAAUAAUUGCUAGCGGUCCAUCACCUAUUGUUGAUUCUUCAGUAGAUUUAUUUGAUUCGUUUUGUACAAAACGACGUAAACAAUCGACAAUUGUUCCAUCAUCAUCAUCAUCGUCUAAACGUGGUGUUCUACCUAAAAGUGCAACAUCAAUAAUGCGUAGUUGGCUAUUUCAACAUAUUGUUCAUCCUUAUCCAACUGAAGAUGAAAAACGAGCAAUAUCACAGAAAACAAAUUUAUCUUUACUUCAAGUUAAUAAUUGGUUUAUAAAUGCACGUCGACGAAUUUUGCAACCAAUGCUUGAAGCAUCAAAUCCUGAUUUAGCAGCUACGAAAAAGAAAAAACGACAUGAAACAACAACUGAUGAUCAUCAUCAUACUCAUGCUCGGCAAAUCUCAAAUAUAAAUCGUUAUUGGCCAUCAAAUUUAGCUCAAUUUGAUACUACAACAACAAGAGAUCAACGUAUUAAAGCUGGUUGUUAUCACGCUGGUCUUACAGCUCUUUCUCGAACACAAGUUCAUGAAAAAUGGUUACGAAAUCAAAUUCAUAUUAUUUGUGCGACAAUUGCUUUUGGAAUGGGUAUUGAUAAACCUGAUGUACGCUUUGUUAUUCAUCAUUCUUUAAGUAAAUCAAUUGAAAACUUCUAUCAAGAAAGUGGUCGUGCUGGACGUGAUGAUCAACAAUCACAUUGUAUACUUUUCUUUCGAUUUGGUGAUGUUUUUCGUUUAGCACCAAUGGCAUUUUCUGAUAAAUCUGGCAAUGGUCUUACAAAUCUUUAUUCUAUGAUAUCUUAUUGUUUAAAUGAAUCUCAAUGUCGUCGAAAAUUAAUUGCAAAACAUUUUGAUGAAGUUUGGCAAACAAAUGAUUGUAAUCAAAUGUGUGAUAUAUGUGUUCAAUCAACAACAAGAAAUGUAAUAAAACGAAAUUGUCGUGAUGAAGCUUUAAUUAUAAUUGAUUAUUUACAAAUUAAUUCUAAACAACGUUUAACAGCAUUAAAAUUAAUUGAACAAAUAACAAUAAAAACAAUGACGAAACUUGAUUUACAAAAACUUAUCUUACAAUUAAUUAUUGAUCAAUAUUUAAAAGAAGAUUUUCAUUUUACGCCUUAUACAACUAUUUGUUAUAUUAAAUUAGGAAGACGUGCUGAAUACGUUAAAAAUAAUACAAAUUGUCAAAUAUUACUUGAUAUUGUUGAAAAUACACAAAAACGAACAUCAACUACAAAUAAUAAACCUGAAAAGAAAGAAGUUGUUAAGAAGAAAUCAACAACAUCGACAAUUUCAAGUAUGAUUGAAAUAUUUUUUGGUUAUUUUCCGGGUGUAGAUGUAGAUUAG